UCGCCAGGGCCCCCGCCGAGGCCGGGUCCGCAGCCCCGCCAUGUCGCGUAACUGCCGACGCAAGUACAAGAGCGGCGACCUGGUGUUUGCCAAGCUGAAGGGCUACGCCCACUGGCCGGCCAGGAUCGAGCACAUGGCCGAGCCUAACCGCUACCAGGUGUUCUUCUUCGGGACCCACGAGACGGCCUUCCUGGGCCCCAAGCACCUGUUCCCGUACGAGGAGUCCAAGGAGAAGUUCGGCAAGCCCAGCAAGAGGAGGGGCUUCAGCGAGGGGCUGUGGGAGAUCGAGAACAACCCCACCGUCCAGGCUGCCGACUACCAGCUGGCCGGGGAGAAGAGCGGCGCAGACGAGGCCGGGCCGCAGCCGGAGGCCAGCGCCGGCGACAAGGCGGGCCGCGGUGAGCAGCCGGGGAAGCUGGGCGGCGACGUGCCGGCCGAGCAGCAGGCGGAGCCGGCGCCGCCCAAGCGGAGCGCGGGCGAGCUGCCGGAGGGCUCCCCCAAACGUCCCAGGGAGGCCGAGCCCGAAGGGGAGCAGCAGCUGCCGCAGGAGGAGGAGCAGGAGGACGCCGGCGAAGGGGCCGCGCCGCCCGUCGUGGAGCUGGAAACCCGCGGCGCCGCGGCCCAGCCACCCCCGGAGGCCCCCGAGUGGCGGGGAGAGGCCGCGGCCGCGGAGGCGCAGGCCCCGGGCGGCGGAGAGCGCGAGAGCCUGUAGUCACCAGUUUCAAGAAGAGCCCCCCACCCCUUUCCUGCUGCGGCCUGGCUGUUACUGGGGAACCUGGUCAUGGCCUGCAAACUGGGACGCCACCCCCCACCCCCACCCGCUCUCCUCCUCCAUCCACCCCCCUCUCCACGCCCGUCCGGCCCUGGGGGUUGACCUGGAGGGGCAGGCCACCCGGCCCCCGGCUCUGUACCCCCACACCCCCUGAGAUCUGAGUCAGGGCUUCUCCGCCCCGGGACGAGCUGAGCCCGCCGCGUCCCUCCCUGCCUGGAACUGUUUCCCAAGGCUUCAGUUGGGGCCUGGACUGGCCGUUCCCCCCUCCAGAUACCCCUCUCUCCCUCCCCCGGGCAUUCUGGACCUCUGCGUUGGAAUCAGGGUUGGCGGGGAGGAGGGGGAGGAUACCGACCAGGUGGGGGUGGGAGGGGGCUUCCAGGGGCCCGGAAGGGGCCAUCCUCAAACCGUGGUGGUGGUGGUGGGGGGGGCAGUCCCCUCCGCCCCGCCGGUGCCUGUUACCCCGGCUGCUCAGAUUCACCGAAAGUGGGACAGCUUCUGGGAGAGGGCCACCCUCCUUUCUGAGUCCCUUGUGGGAGUUCUGGGAUGUGUCGUUUUUCAUCAAAUAAUUUGGGAGCUUCCCAGUUGUGCAUGAGAUGGGAAGGGUUCGCUUUGCCCAGCUCUUUGGUUGGCAGUGGUGAGCAACGUCUGUCCCCAUUUCUAUCUCUGGGCUUACGUGGGAUGUUCUGUGGAGACUCCUGGCCGCCCCUUUCCCUCUCCCCACAGCCUCCAGGCUGCCCUACAGUCAUAUAUGUCACUCAGGCAUAAAAGAAAAGGCACGUAGCUUGGGAAAUCUUUUUAAUGAAAAGAUGCCCCCCACCCCGCCCCCGCCAUUAAGCACUACCCUGGCUAUGCCUUCAGUCAGCGGGCAGCUCUGCCGUUGCUAACCCCAUUACAGAGAUGGACUGGGGGGUUCCCUUUCUGUUCGGGGUUUGCUGACUUCCUUCUUGUAGUUAAGGCUUUGGGGUUCCUUGGCUGUGCCAUUUCCCAUCCGUGACGUCCCUCCCCCUGGCCCCCUCAGCAUUGUCACCAGACCUGAAAUGUAACUGCCUGAGAGGAGAGAGGGAAGUGAGUGCCCCCUCCCAGCCGCUUCCUGAGCCUCUCAGAUGUGCCCUUCUUCUUCUGUUGUCUCCUUCACCCCUGCCCUUCUCCCUUGGGCUCUGAUGAAAAAUUGUUGACUGUAGCUUUGGAAGUUGAGAGCUGAACUAUUUCGGUUCCAGGAAAUAAAACCUGUUGAUUGCUUUAAACAAA